GGGAGGCAGCACACUGCACGCUGGGAAUGGCGGGUACCUGACCGGGUGAGGCAGCGCUCUGCGCGCGGGGUUGACCCCCUCGCCCAGGUGGGGAGGCCUGUACCUGCCGGUACCUGCCGGUGCGUCUCGGCGCGUUCCAACCCUCGGCGGCACCGGCGGUUGAGGUAACGCGUACACUUGGUUGCCGAGACAACGGCUGACCCAGCUCUCCUCCAAUCAGUGCGCCUGUUACUUUGAGCCCUCCGGCAGGUGCCCAAUCACAGACGAACUCUCAGAGCCGCUCUGCGCGCAGCUGGGCAUGCACAGGGUCUUUCCAACAUUCGUUGCUCGGGGUUGCUGCUGCUCCUUGAGGUUUUUGGUGAAAGGAGCCAUCGUGGCGUGCGGGGACUUCAGACCGGUUUGCUGUGUGCGGUGCUUUCCAGACACUGGUAAUGAGUCUGGCUCUAAGGAAUGUAGCCUCCAAAUGCUGCUCACAGCGAUUACACUGACGUGACCUCUGUUUGCAAGAAGAGCAGCACUGUCAUCCCUGGCACGUGGGGAAGGCGUGACUAAUGCUGCAUCCUGAACAUAAACCAGAGUGUCACCUUGGAAGAAUACAACAUUGCUGCCCCACUGACUCGCUGGAGAUAUCGGCUUAUCUACACUUUCUGCCCAUGGUACCUACCCUAUCUCGAUGUAGCCUGCCCAGAGAACAAAAGCAGCAGACAAACUACAGAGAUUUUUUUUGUACAUCACUGAACUAAUUGUUGCUUGUUCAAGAAAACAGGAUGGAUGGGAAAAAGUGGUACCAACUUACAGAUAAGGCGGUUCCAGCAGGGUCCAAGUUUCUUCUUUGAAAAGAAGUUCCAGCAUCAAAGAGGCUGAAAAGCAAACACUCUGAUCAACCAAAAUGGAAGGAGGCAACAGUCCAAAUCUGCAACUUCAGCAACUCCCAUUGGCCACAGCAGCAGUUUCUGUGCAGCCACACACUGACUCCUUUUCUUACAAGGAGAACUUGAUUGGUGCAUUACUAGCUAUUUUUGGACAUCUUGUUACCAGUAUUGCACUUAACCUCCAGAAAUACAGCCACAUCCGGCUGGCGGGUUCCAAAGACCCCCGAGCCUACUUCAAAACCAAGACAUGGUGGUGUGGACUGUUUCUGCUGGUGCUGGGAGAACUGGGAGUGUUUUCCUCUUAUGCCUUUGCUCCUCUUUCACUGAUUGUGCCCCUCAGUGCAGUGUCUGUUAUAGCUAGUGCAAUCAUAGGAAUUAUAUUUAUUAAAGAAAAAUGGAAGCCCAAGGAUUUUUUGAGGCGCUAUGUUUUGUCCUUUGUAGGCUGUGGUUUGGCAAUUGUUGGAACUUAUCUGCUGAUAACUUUUGGACCUAAUAGUCAUGAGAAGAUGACAGGAGAAAAUAUCACUAGGCAUUUAGUGAGCUGGCCAUUUCUGUUGUAUAUGCUUGUGGAAAUCGUCAUAUUCUGCCUGCUACUAUAUUUCUACAAGGAGAAAAAUGCAAACUACAUUGUAGUUAUUCUUCUGCUGGUCGCUUUGCUAGGUUCCAUGACGGUCGUGACGGUGAAGGCUGUCGCAGGCAUGAUUGUUGUCUCGAUACAAGGAAACCUGCAACUCGACUACCCUAUAUUUUAUAUCAUGUUGGUGUGCAUGAUUGCUACAGCCAUCUUUCAAGCAACAUUUUUAGCUCAAGCCUCACAGCUGUAUGACUCAUCGCAGAUCGCCAGCAUCGGCUAUAUCCUGUCCACAACAGCAGCAAUCACAGCAGGAGCAACCUUUUACUUGGACUUCACCGGUGAAGAUGUUCUCCAUAUAUGUAUGUUUGCACUUGGGUGCCUCAUAGCCUUUCUAGGUGUCUUCCUGAUCACAAGGAAUAGGAAGAAAUCUGUACCGUUUGAACCUUACAUCUCAAUGGAUGCUAUGCCAGGCAUGCAGAACAUGCACGAUAAAGGGAUUGCAGUUCAGCCUGACCUCAAAGCUUCUUUUUCCUACGGUGCCCUAGAGAACAAUGACAACAUGCCGGAAAUUUAUACUCCAGCUACGUUGCCGAUCGUGCAGGAGCAACAUGGUUCCAAAGGAGUUUCUGUUCCACCCUACCGAGUGCUGGAGCACAGCAAAAAGGAGUGAGUGACCUUUAAGGAACUGAUUUGAAUCCGCAGCAUUAUGACGUUUAUUUAUUUACCCAUUAAAAUAUAAGCAAGUGUAAAGCCAACCUUUAUGUAGUUUAAAGCCUGUCUCAAACUUAAUGCCCAAGUCUGAUUAUUGAAAUAAACAAUUCUAGUUGUGAAGUUGAAAGCAUUCGUCUUAGCAAGAAGUAAAUCGCGGUUCUCCAUUGAAGGCCGCUGUCUGGAAGUGUGAAGUGGUGAGUGCAGCCUCACGGCUGUACGAGAGCAAUGACAUGGUAGAGCUGUGGGAAGAGAAGUGACGGUGCAGUUUUUAGUCCUGCUGGGAGUGUGUUUAUCUCCAAAUAGAAGUUUUCAGGAGUUGCUCACAGAGACAGGAGGGCAGGAUUUAAGCUUCAUAUAUAAAGACUGUGACUAAUUUCCAGAAAAGCUGUAAAUCCUCAUGUUUCCGGCGUGACCACUAAACUACCUUAACAUGGCAAUAAAAUGUAAUUGUUUUCAAGCACGAAUACUGCAACUUACUGUGUCUUUAGAGCAGCGUAUUUGGUUAGAGUAAGCAAGCUGCUUUAAUCCUUCAACACAUGAAUCUUGGGCACUUCCUGUAUAAUUAUUCUCUGACUAGUAUCGAACAUAUGCAUGGGGUACGUGAAUUGUUUUUACAGCACCGCUGGAUUAUAUGGCAGCUUAGAACAAAGAUUACUUGCCAGUUUUCUGGCUUCAUAAGAGAAGCUUCCAGUUGGAUGAAAUGCUGCAGAGGGAACACUGGGAAGUAUGAGAACAAGAAGUAGGAAUAGUAAUGUGACCGGUUCUCCAUGACUUUUUUUUUUUCUGGUUGAGGCAGGAUUUCCAACUUUAUUUAGUGGUUUUAAACGUGUUGACAUUCCUUAGUAAAAAAGCUCAGUCUAGGUGUUGUAGGCUGGGGUGUGCCCCCCAUUUUUUUAUUUAAAAAAAAAAGGCAAAAAAAGAUACUAGUCUGAUAUUGUGAAUGACCUGAGUAGUGUGCACAGUCCAGCACUUGGUGAUGACUGUAAGAAUAAUGGAGCAUUGUGUACUCAUGAUAUUUAUCUUUCCAGCUUCUAAGAGAUGGCUAGAAGCUGAUACGAAGGGAGAAUAGACACGAGGGGGGGGAACUUUCAAGAGCAAAGGACAAAGUACCACAUUUACUGGCAUACGCAAGUUACACUGGCACUUUGAUAUCAUCAUCUCCUCUAAAAGCUGCUGUUUUGGUGUGUCUUGGACUGUAUGCUUAGUGGAGCGUCUCCAGGACCUUAGAAGACUUUAUUUGAAAUGAAUAGUGCUUGUGUUCCAUGCAUUUUAAGUGGUUAUUCUGGGGCUUGGGAGGAUUUGGGAUUUGACAGUGGCUUUUUGCAUUUUUUUUAAUUGACUCAUGGCCAGUUUCUGUUCCCAGCACCAAAAAUUCCCAAGAACUCCACUGACUUGUAUAUAAUUAUUCCAGAUUCUUGCUAUUGUAUAUGACAACAGAGCUGUUCUUUUGCAUAUGUUUGCCUUGCCAGCUAUAAAUACUAACUCAAUCUGGAAAUACUUGAGAUUGCUUUAGCAUUUUUGUGCAGCGUGGAAAAAUUAUAACCUUCCCCCCUGCGAAGAGUAGAUGCCUUGUGGCUGUACGUGCACCUAUACGUGAAGUUUCUUCACCAACUUGGCGUGUCUGACAAUUCAGAUCUUAUCAGUGGCAUCCUGGACACUACGGCUUAUGAAACCUCAAGAAAUAACAGCUUUUCUUUUACCCUCGAAACUUUUUGUGCCUAAGUAAGAUAACAAUGUUAAUGGGCUAAUACUGCCAGAACAUUAAUCUUCUUAGAGUUGCAGUCACACUGAUUUACUACCUUUGGCUUUGUAUCCCUGGUAAUCAAUUGUUUGUGAAUUUAUGUGCAGCUUUUGUUCAUUAACAAUACAAACCCAAGUAGUACAGGGGAGGCUGAAUGGGAAGGGUACAAGAAUGCUGGGUUUUCUUAUCACUUCCCUUUUAAUCAAUGAGGCAGUAGCUCUUUUGACCUAUUAGUUCUGAAACCACAGAAACAUACCGUUUUAAAACAAGCCGUGCUAAACCAUGCAUAGCUCCAAACUCUACUUCUUACAUGGUAAUAUUAUCUGUGUUUCAUUAUUACAGAUGUUGCUGUGGUACAAAAUAAUCAGAGGCACCUAAAUGUUUUGCUAUUGACUUGUACUAUUAUGUGUAACAGAAUGCAGUUUUCUCAGUUCUUAGUUUUUUGGUACUAUUUAAUAACUGCAGUUGACUGGUGUGCAGACUUUGGAGCCAGUAAAUGGCUCGUUAGGUUUUUCUCCUAAUCAUGGGACUUGGCAUCGUGAGAAACAGUGUGUUUUGCCAGGGGGGACAGAGCUACUCUGAUGCUGAGCCCCUGCUUGGCCUUCUCUUUUGUGGUCUGCUCCCCUCUGCCAGAGAGCCCUUGGUUGUCAGCACGUGGGCAUCUUCUGCUCUGAGUGACAUUUCCUCCAGCUUUACUAUUUUUGUGCUGUUUUGGCCCUUUUCUUUCAAAGAUUCUAAAGGCAACAGUCUUCCUCUAAAGCUUUAUAUAACCACACUUUAUUUAUGCAGUUUGUGUGUUUAAAUAAUUCUACUUAAUAAUGACAGUUCCCUUUACCUGCAGCAAGACUUGAUUUUGGAAACUUCUUGACAAAGGACUCCAAGGGAGGUGAUGUCCGUUUCUACAGCACAUAAAUCACAAUAUUUUAGAUUGCUCCAUUGUGCUACGCCAGUAGUGCCUGAGGUGUUUCUUGGGCUCUGGGCCUCUGCUCAGUGCACUGAUGAUGUACGGGCUGCAUUUUUGCUGGUCUGUUAGCCGCUGUACACACGGCAGUAGGAUGGCCAUGCUGCACCUCACUCCUGCUUGCUGCCUGUGUUCAAUACUUGAAUUUUAAAAUGUGGUGGUGUUUUGUAUUUUAUGCACUUCCCCUUUCCUUGCUCUUUUUCCCAAGCUUCUGAAAUAUUUUAUUUUCUGCACAGUCUUACAGCUGACAUCUCUGUUGUUGAGAGGGCAUGAACAGGGCCCCUAAAAGCCUAACAUCUGUUGAAACUUGACUGAAGGACUUUGUGCUCUAACAGCUGGAGGGGAUAGCUCAGGAUUAAAAUAAACUCCUUACCUCCCUUCUAGUUCAGAGCUUAAAAGCUGAAAGACAAAGCAAUUUGUACCCUCAAGUCUAUACUUUUUAGAGAAUAUUUGUUAGUCUGAGGUGACAAUAGCCAUGCCCGGGAUUGCAGCAAACAUUUACAGCUAAACAGAACAUGAAGGUUUAAAGGAGAGGAGCCUCAUGCCACAUUCUGGUCCUUCUUGCAGCAUGAAAAAGAAUCUGUGGGUGUACAGCACUCUUUAACACGUGUAUGUCAAAAGUUCUGUUUAUCCAGGGCACUGCAAACAGCAGAGUGCACUUAGAUUUCCACACGUGCGAUGUUUUUCAGCAUCAAGAGCUGAAGUGUCCACAGAGAUCAACUGACUGCUGUCUCCUUUACUAAACUGGUAGAAUAGCUCCUUGACUCUCCAUCUCUUAACUUCUUUAUCAAAUGUGAACUGACAUCUCUUGCCUCCACCCUGUGUGGCUUUUUGAUGCACCAGAGCACUUAAUUUGUUCUCAGUGUAUAUCAUACAUGUAACUUAAUGCUGUGGAAUACAGCUCCUGUGUUGGCUGAAUGUAUAAAAUGAUCUGCUUACAAUGGUCUCUUGUUCACAUUAAAAUGUGUCGAUAAAUAAGGCUUUACGGUAUUGGACUAUAAGGAGAACUGCUUUAUUUUUUAUAAGCAAUGUUGCAUGUCUGUCUAAUUCUAUUUGUCCUUUAGGUGAGACCAUUGGAAAUGAAACUUAAUAAAAGAUUGUGGUAAAACCUA